GGCCAGAGCCUUUUAGUCUUAAAAAAAAAGAUCUCUGGACUUUUCCCCUUAGUUGAAGAGCUCUUUGUUUUAGCUGCAGAAUACUUUAAACUAUUAAAACCUCUUCAUCUCCCUCAAUAAACUGCAUUUCUUAUUCGGACUUAGGAGGGGGAGGACGGCUUUUAAAGAUGUUCUGCGCCCUUUUCCCUCUGAAUUUGUGAAGUGAGAGAGAGAGGGGAGAAGAAGAAGCGGCUGACAUCUCUAAAUACAGAAAAAGCCUUCAACAUUUUUUACGUUGACAGCAAGAGGGCUCAUUGGGGGAGCGAGCUGCUCAGUUUGAAGCAUGGCUGGAUGUUGCGUAUCGGCGGAGGACCGAGAGAACCAGAGGAUCAACGAGGAGAUUGAGAAGCAGCUGCGGAGAGACAAGAAGGACUCUCGCAGGGAGCUGAAGCUGCUGCUGUUAGGUACUGGAGAGAGUGGAAAGAGUACCUUUAUCAAACAAAUGAGGAUUAUCCAUGGAGGAGGAUACACAGAUGAGGACAAGAGGAGCUACGCCAAACUGGUCUUCCAGAACAUCUACACAUCCAUGCAGACCAUGGUCCGAGCCAUGGAGACACUUAGUAUCGCUUUCUCUGAUCCCCAGAAUCAGAGCCAUGCAAACUCAGUGCUGGAGGUGGAAGUGGAUAAGGUAGAGGAGUUUGAUCAAAGCCUUGCGGCGGCCAUCAAGAGUCUGUGGGACGAUGCAGGAAUACAGGAGUGCUACGACCGACGCAGGGAAUACCAGCUGUCCGACUCCACCAAAUACUAUCUCACCGACCUGGAUCGAAUUUCUCAACCCUCUUACUUACCUGACCUGCAGGAUAUCCUCAGAGUCCGAGUGCCAACCACGGGUAUCAUCGAGUACCCGUUUGACAUGGAGAAUGUCAUCUUCAGGAUGGUGGAUGUGGGGGGUCAGAGGUCAGAGAGGAGGAAGUGGAUCCACUGCUUUGAGAACGUCACCUCUAUCAUCUUCCUGGUGGCGCUCAGCGAGUACGACCAGGUCCUGGCUGAGUGCGACAACGAGAACCGCAUGGAGGAGAGCAAGGCCCUGUUCAAAACCAUCAUAACCUAUCCCUGGUUCCAGCGCUCCUCGGUCAUACUUUUCCUCAACAAGACCGACAUCCUCAAGGAGAAGAUCAUGUACUCUCACGUAGCCACCUAUUUCCCUGAGUUCACAGGACCUCAGCAGGAUGCUACAACAGCUCAAGAAUUCAUCCUGAAAAUGUACCAAGAACAAAACCCGGACAAGGACAAGACACUCUACCCUCACUUUACCUGUGCCACAGACACAGAAAACAUCCGCUUCGUCUUUGUGGCCGUCAAAGACACCAUCCUCAGACACAACCUGAAGGAGUUCAACCUGGUGUAAAAAGGAGCUGGAGGACAGGAGAGGAGACAAAGGGAUGCAAGAGGGUAGAAGGAAAGAUGUGAGGAGAGCCAAGAUAAGAGAAUUACAUAAAACAACUUUUUCUUGGCUGUUUAAACCAAGAACAAUCAGAUUUUACAUAGUUCCUCCCUGUUUACACAACCACUGACAAGAUUCUUGUUUUUCACCUUUUGUGCCUGUUAAAGUUCAGCCAAAGAGAAUACGAACAUGUAUGAGACAAACUACUGUUUCUGUAGGUUGCAGUCUGCAAUGCAAUUUUUUUGUGUAUCGUGUGUACUUUGUAGUUCCCAUUCCAGCCUAUAUAGAGAUGUACUGUAAGAAAAUGAUACUUUGCAGCAGAAGUGAGAAUGUGAAAAAUCGUGUAAAGUCAUGUCAUUGACCUAUUGUGUGGAUUACUUAUUUUAUUAUUUCUUAAAAUACAGUUAUCAGUAAUAGGAUCCUAGUGUUUUAACUGGUAUACAAUUCCCUCUCAUGGAAUAGCUGUUUGUAAGCGUUCCCUUUAGUCCUGAGUUUUGUGAUUUAAUAGUAUAACAUUUUCUCCCUUGUCCACCUGUGCCUGCAAGUGGCUUAUUUACUCAGGACAGUCAGCACAGCCACUGAGUUUGUUUUAGAUGUAAAUGAUCCAGGCUGUGCUUUGAAAA